AUGUCAGGCAUCGGGGAAAUUUUGAAAAUAAUUGGUGAUUUUGGACCAUUUCAGAAAUGGCUGGUGGUGUUCACCUUGAUCCCCUGCCUCAGCGUGGCUUUCCACCAGUUCUGCCAACUUUUUAUGGUCUCACAAGUGCCUCAUCACUGUGACACCAGCUGGAUCCUUGCUGUUGGCCCCAACCUGACAGAGGAAGAGCAGCUGAACCUCACCCUGCCCCGGAACGCGGAUGGGGAGUACGAGCAGUGCUUCAUGUACUCACCGGUGGACUGGGACCUCGACUCCAUCAUGGCAUAUGGCCUGAACAGCACCGAGAAGUGCCGCAGUGGCUGGGUGUACCCCUCAGCACAACCACCAUCCCUGCUGACCGAGUUUGACCUGGUGUGUGACAGGAAGGAUCUGAACGACAUUGCCCAGUCCAUCUACAUGGUGGGACUGUUCCUGGGAUCCAUGAUCUUUGGGCCGCUGAGUGACAGGAUCGGCCGCCGGCCAGUCAUUCUGAUCUCCAUGUUCCUCCAGGGCUUGUUUGGUCUAGGAAUUGCUUUUGUGCCUCAUUUUUAUGUGUACAUGGCCUUCAGGUGUGUCGUGGGGGCUUCAGUGUCAGGGAUCACCAUGACAAUACUGGCCUUAGCUACAGAAUGGAUCGGUGUCUCCUCACGCCCAAAGGCAGUGCUUACUUCUCACUGCUGUUUUGCCAUUGGACAGAUGAUUUUAGCUGGAUUGAGUUAUGGGAUCCGCAACUGGAGGCUACUGGAGAUUGCAGGAUCUGCUCCUAUAUUUGUCAUUUUCUUCUGCAUUGG